GAAAAUUUUACAAUGUUCAAAUUGUCUAUGAUCCAAAUUGGCGUGGUAUCUCAUUAUUUAUCGGUGUUGAAUCCGAUUUCUUGUUAUCGACAUUUGUUAUUUUCAAUGUUAUCAGCCGCUUAGGUAGCUUCAUUGUUAUCAUAAAUGCAUUAACCGGAGAAGCACCAGAAAAUUCCGGCUUAAGAUUAGAGGAUGUGAUGAAGGUAAAAUUCAUAAGUAAAAACAAUGAGCGCAUUUUGGGUAAUAUUAAGGAGGAUUGGUUUAGCAACAAGAUUCAUGACACCGAUGGCAAAGAUAACCCAACACUGGAUUUAGAACUGAACUUGGUGAUGAGGAAAGGAAAUGAACUGUCAUAUUUUGUGUUAUCGAAGAAGAAUGAAGAAACGUGGAAUUCCAGCUGGCAAGCACAAAUUCUCAGAUUUAUUGAAUAA